AUGGCCGACAGACUACCAGCUUAUCCUACGCCCCAGGAGGCGUUCAGCAACUCGUCGAGACGGAAUAUCAACAACCAAAUAACCACCAACCUCAACACCAAUCACACCAACCACCACCUCAACACCAACUUCAACACCAACCUCCACAUCAACCUCAGUAUCAAUCACAGCCGUAUUCAAACCAACCGCAACCGUACUCAAACCAGGCACCACAGCAGUAUCUGGCUCCUCCACAGCACCAGGCGCCUCGCCAAGCGCCACAGCAAGCCUAUGACUACCGGACCAAACUACCAAACUGCUCCAGUAAACGUCCCGAGAGAACAGUCACGGAUUGCCAGCAACAGUAGUGCCCCUGUGGGCUACCACUCGCCGUCGCACCAGCCCACGAAUAGGACCAAUACGUCACAGAGCCUGUUACAGAGCCUGAAGCCGCUGUCCAACGUGGAGGCGCAGUUGAAAGAAAUGUUUGCAAGAUACGAUAUCCACCGUAACGGCCGGUUGAACGAGGACGAAUUGUCGAACGCAUUGGUUAAUUUCGACAGAUCCAAGUUUCGCAUUUCGACCAUCAAGUUGAUGAUGAAGUCAUUCGACACAAACGGGACGGGGUCUUUGGAAUUCUCCGAGUUCUACCGCUUGUGGAAUUACCUUUCUUCGUACUCUAAGUUGUUCCAGGAGGCCGACACUGACCGCUCAUUCACUAUCUCGUUUGGCGAGUACCAGGGCAUCAUCAAGAAGAUUGGCUAUGACUUGCCCACCGACACGGUCUUGUUCAUCUUUUCAAAGUUCUCGGGAAUCGCCGACGGCGGUAUUCCGGCCUUGAAGUUUGACUCCUUUAUUGAGUCCUUGUUCUAUUUGCGAAAGAUCACCGACACGUUCAGAAAGUACGACAAAGAGAGCCAGGGAAUUGCCCUCAUCAAAUUCCAAGACUUUAUCGUCGAGGUUUUGAGUUUGAAAUAUAAGUGGACGAUGGAGGAGAUCGAAGCCCGCAUCAAAGAGGCCGACUUGAACAACCCACCGGAACAGGUAGGGCUUCACCAGUUACCCCGCCAAAGGCGCGAGAUCGUAGCCAAAAAGGGCGGAACGUUCACAAUGAUUGUUGCUGGAGCUUCAGGGUUGGGCAAAACCACCUUUAUUAAUACGUUAUUUGGCACCCUGCUUUUACCAAAAAGCGAAGUAGAGGGUCCAUCUAGGGCCGAUAAAACAACCAAAAUUAGAAUCCACCGAACAGAGCUAGAGGAACAGGGAUUUAAACUCAGCUUCACCGUGAUAGAUACCCCUGGUUUCGGUGAUUAUAUAAACAAUAGUCAUGCCUGGGUGCCGAUCAUGGACUACAUCGACGAGCAAUUGAGAUUGUAUCUCUUCCAGGAGGAGCAGCCAGACCGCAGCCAGAAAGUUGAUUCCCGUAUCCACUGCUGUCUAUACUUUAUCUCGCCCACCGGCCAUGCGCUUUCGCCGCUUGAUAUAUGUGCCAUGAAAGAGUUGGGCAAACGGGCCAAUUUGAUCCCCGUCCUCGCAAAGAGCGACGCUUUUUCAAAGGAGGAGAUGAGUCUGUUCAAAUCUGCCGUCAGAGCGACCCUCAAGGCGCAGGGGAUCACCCUCUGUGACUUGCUAGCGAAUGGGGAGCUUCUGCCACAGGUUCAGAGCUUAAUGCCCUUUUCCGUCAUCGGAGCAGAGUCUAUUGUGGCACGGGAGGAUGGAGUAAUGGUCAGGGGGCGCAAGUAUGGCUGGGGAGUUGCGGAGGUGGAAAACCCAAACCAUUGCGACUUUGUGGAGCUUCGUAAGAUUUUGAUGGGCAACCACAUGCUAGACUUGAUUCUCUCUACCGAAAAGUUCUACGAGCACUAUCGCCGCCACUUGUUGAAAUUUCGCUUGAAGUGUGCUUCCAAAAAGAAUGAGAAGGAUGAUACCCCCGUUGCCGAAACUAAGGGGAAUGACGGCUUGUCAGCCACCAGCAGAGAAAGCCAGCUCCCUCUCGGAGGCAUUGAGUGUUUGAAAGCUCUUACUAACUUCAAGUUAGAUCAACUUGAGAAGGAAUUGAUGGAUUCGAGUCCGAUAUUCCUCGAAAAGCAAGUGCAGAUGCGCAAAAGGUUCUCAGAUAUCGUGAAUGGCCAGGAAUACAAGUUCAAGGAAUGGAAAUCCGCGUUGUUUGAGCGCCAGAAGAAUUUCAACGCUGAUAUCGAAACCACCCACAACCGUGUUUUGCAAUUGACCGAGGAAAUCAGGCGGUUGGAAGACAACGAAGAGAGUGUACCCAAGAAGGGUCGUCCGCAGAUAUUCGCAGUUACACUCGCGUCUCAGUCUCAGUAUAUGGUCAUGGAACUUUCUGGCAGACUUCCUCCGCGCGAGGAGAUCCGCAAGGCUUUUGAGCGCUGGCAAACGCUCAAAGCUCAGUUAGGUGAAAAGGCCCCCGCGAACCAGGAGUUUGUUCAGCUCUCCCGGUUCCUCUCCUACGCCUCUAAGGCGGGACAAGCGGCUCAGCAGCAACAAAAUGGAAUGCAACAGCAGCAGCAACAGCAGCAACAGCAACAGCAACAACAGCAGCAACAGCAACAGCAACAACAGCAGCAGCAACAACAACAACAACAGCAACAACAACAACAACAACAACAGCAACAACAGCAACAACAACAACAACAACAACAACAACAACAACAACAACAACAACAACAACAACAACAACAAAAUGGCUUGCAAAAUGGCUUACAGAGCGGAAUGCAACCUAUGCCGAAUGCGAAUCCAAACAUGAAUGCGCCCGCGCCCGCAACUGCGAACGGGAUGGCACCGUUCCGCGCUCCUCCACCCGCAAACCCAAUCAUCUCGCCAAGUCAGUCGGCGUUGAUCAAGGCGCAGGUGAGCGCAUUCAAGCUCUUGGCGAAGAACCAGCCGAUUCCGCCGGAGCUCAAGCAGAUUUUAGCUGCGGACCACUUCACGAGCUACGUACCCGAGGAGUCCUAUACAAAUACCAAUGCGAAUGUUACUGCGAACGUGAAUUUGAAUGCAAACACAAUUGCUAAUACAAAUGUGAAUAUGAAUGCCAACGUGAAUGCAAACUUGGAGGCUCACUCGCCACAGUUAGACAAGGCGCGUGCGCGCAAGAAGGCGCCGAAACCAAAGCCGAAGCCAAAACCAGCGAAAAAGAGUCUUAGCGCAGCUGCAACGCCAGUGGCUGACGCGGCGCCACGGCCGCCGCUGAUCGUGCCGAAAGGCCUCCCACCGAUGAGCCUCGCGAAGCUUCAGCAGCGCAUCUUGGAUGCAGCGCACGACCCGAUUUACAAGCAAACGGCGCUAAAGUUCAAGCACCCGCAGAUUGUGCUGGUGAGCGACCCAUAUGCGCCGGUUGAGGCGUUUACUGUACCUGUGUCUGGUGACGUGCCGUACGCGACGGCCGCGCGCGUGCGUGUUGUACAGCCGGGUACCACCAUGACGGGCUUGGACGUAGGCGUGAUGGCACAAACCAGGGAGUUAGUUGUGCAGAUGGAAAUUCAAAGGGCUAUUGAAUCGAUCUCGGCCUCUGCCUCAACUGAGGCUGGCAAGAUCGAAGAGCUCUAUGGAGAUGAUGCGAGUAAGCCGGUGGACGCGGAUGUGUCUGCGAGUCGCCGUGCGCAUCUUGACGCGCUCAACGCCGACCUCGCUUCGCUUCGUCUUCUCCCAUUCCAAAAGGCUCUCCGUGGUCACAUUCUUUCCUACACCUAUUACCAUGCGCUGCUCCUCACCAACGUCCAUCCAAACUUCCUCGCGCGCAUGCGCGCGGUGACGGCGAAUGAUGCGCUUCUCACACACAACCUCUACCUCCAGGCGCAGUCGCGGCAGGCGCAUGUCGCACGCACGCGUGCGCGUGAGAAGGUGGCCGCGCUUACGCACAACCUGCAAGUGUUUGCGACGACGCGCGGGACGCGCCUUGCGCGCGCGGCACGCCUUGGUAAGCACCUUACAGCCUUCCACUCCGCUACAGAACGCGAGGAACAGAAACGCGUUGAGCGCAACGCCAAACAGCGUCUCCAAGCACUUAAAAUGAAUGACGAAGAAGCCUAUAUCAAGCUCCUUGACCAGACCAAAGACACGCGUAUCACCCAUCUUCUCAAGCAGACCAACACGUUCCUUGGUUCUCUCGCGGCCGCAGUCAAAUCACAGCAACGUAGCACCCACGAGCUUCUUGUGGCCUCUGGGCACGCGGUUGCACCAAUAGAAGAGGACGAUGAAAAUGUGGACUACUACCUGGUCGCGCACAAAGUUCAGGAGACGGUCACGCGGCAGCCAUCGAUGCUCGUAGGGGGGACUCUUAAAGAGUACCAGCUCAAGGGUCUUCAAUGGAUGGUAUCGCUUUUCAACAACCACUUGAACGGGAUCUUGGCGGAUGAGAUGGGGCUCGGGAAGACGAUCCAAACGAUCUCGCUUAUUACCUAUCUUGUGGAGAUCAAGAAAAUCAGGGGGCCAUUUUUGGUGGUUGUGCCGUUAUCUACACUCACCAACUGGAAUCUUGAGUUUGAAAAGUGGGCGCCGGGCGUAAAGAAGAUUACCUAUAAGGGUGUUCCAGUGCAGAGAAAAGCAAUGCAGGGGGACAUUCGCGCAGGCAACUUCCAGGUGCUUCUUACGACGUUUGAGUACAUCAUCAAGGAUCGUCCGUUGCUUGCUAGAAUCAAGUGGGUUCAUAUGAUCAUUGAUGAGGGGCAUAGAAUGAAGAAUUCGCAAUCAAAGUUGUCACGCACCCUCACGACGUAUUAUCACACCGAUUACCGGUUGAUUCUCACGGGUACCCCGCUCCAAAACGACCUCCCGGAGCUCUGGGCGUUGCUCAACUUUGUGCUCCCCAAGAUCUUCAACUCUGUGAAAUCCUUCGAUGAGUGGUUCAAUACGCCGUUUGCAAACACAGGAAGCCAAGACAAGAUGGCGUUGUCGGAGGAGGAAACACUUUUGGUGAUUCGCCGUCUCCACAAGGUGCUUAGACCGUUCCUUCUCAGACGACUUAAGAAGGACGUGGAGAAGGAUCUCCCGGAUAAGAUCGAGAAGGUGAUGAAGUGUAAGAUGUCGGCACUCCAGGCAAGAAUGUACCAGCAGAUGCUUCGUUACAACCAGCUCUUUGUGGGUGAUGACUCAAAGAAACCCGUGGGGGUCAAGGGGCUCAACAAUCAGAUCAUGCAGUUGCGCAAGAUCUGUAACCAUCCGUUUGUGUUUGAAGCGAUUGAAAACAUGGUCAACCCGACCCAGGAGACCAACAACAACAUCUGGCGAGUGUCUGGGAAGUUUGAGCUCCUUGAGAAGAUUCUCCCAAAGUUCCAGGCGACGGGGCACAGGGUUUUAAUUUUCUUCCAGAUGACCCACAUCAUGGACAUUAUGGAAGACUUUCUUCGUCUUAAGGACAUGAAGUACAUGAGACUAGACGGGUCAACUAAGGCUGACGACAGAACAAACCUUUUGAAGGUGUUCAAUGCCCCUCAGUCGGACUACUUCAUCUUCAUGUUGUCGACCAGAGCCGGUGGAUUGGGCCUCAAUCUCCAGACCGCGGACACUGUCAUCAUCUUCGACUCCGACUGGAACCCGCACCAGGAUUUACAGGCGCAGGACCGUGCCCACAGAAUCGGCCAGAAGAACGAGGUGAGAAUCUUGAGACUCAUCACCGAGGAUUCGGUGGAAGAAAUGAUUUUGGAACGGGCUCACCAGAAGUUGGACAUUGACGGGAAGGUCAUCCAGGCCGGUAAAUUCGAUAACAAGUCGACGGCGGAGGAGCAGGAGGCAUUGUUACGCGCGUUGAUCGAAUCCGAGGAGAACAAGGAGGCCAAUGAUGAAGACGAGGAGUUGUCUGAUGCCGAGCUCAACCGAAUUCUCGCGAGAAGUGAGGCCGAGUUGGAAGUUUUCCUGAAGCUAGAUGAGGAGCGUUACAGGGUCACCCUGGCAGGGCUUCCGCGGUUGUACUCGGAAACUGAACUUCCUGAGGUGUAUCAUCACGAGCCGGUGUUUAAGCUGAGGGAGGACGAUGACGAAGGUUUUGGACGCGGCGCGAGGGAAAGGAAGGCGACUCAUUACGACGAUAACGUGAGUGAGGAGCAGUGGUUGAAGGAGAUCAAUGCCCGUGUGGAUGAGUCGGACGAUUCCAGCGAUGAGGUGUCGCGGCGCAGAAGAAGAGCCUCGCCAGAUGAGGAUAUGCAGUCUGACGAUUCGUAUGAGGCGCCAAAGAGACGCAGGGUCGAGCUAAAGCCUGAGGUGACGGACGAUGUGGCGCCCGAGUACGAUGUUUCCCGUGGAAGGGGCAGAGGCAGAGGGAGGGGCAGAGGCAGAGGACGGGGCAGAGGACGGGGCAGGGGACGGGGCAGGGGCGGAUUCACCCGCCUGACACCGUCAAUUGACCUUCUUCUUCCUGAGGACCGUGAUGUACUUCAGCGCCAGUCCGACGCGCUCCUCUCGGCGGUAAUCGAAACGUCCGAUGAUGGGCGCCGUCUCAGCGACGCGUUCCUAGUGAAACCCUCUAAACGCCUCUAUCCCGAUUACUACGUGUUGAUUAAGACACCAAUUGCGUUGGAUGUCAUACAGAAGCGGAUUGACACGCUAACGUACCUGAAACUCUCGGAAUUGGUCGAAGACCUUCAUCUUAUGUGCAGCAACGCACGGAUCUAUAACCAGGAGGGCUCGAUGAUAUAUGAGGAUGCGCUGGAGCUCGAGGCCAUGGCGGUGAGAAAGUAUAAAGAGAUAACCGGGAUGGAGGCUGAUUUUACCGAGUUUGAUGUAAUGUGUGACUUGAAGUCAUUGGUGGUUCCGUUGGCUCCUGCAGAGUCAAUGGCGCCAGAGGAUCUUUCAAUGCCAAUGGAGACUCCGAUAUCAAUGAGCCUGAUGGAUACCCCGAAAGAUCCAUUUUCUGAUGCAACCAAUGUGUUUGCCUAG